CCUUCACUUCAUACUCCGCUUCUCUCUCUUUCUUUUUCUUUUCUCCGUUCCAAAGCAUGUCACAGAUUCCCCCCACCAAAAAAACCAAACAAUCCAAAACAAACCACCACCCAACCCACUGACACUAGAAUCAAAUCUCUCUCACACAGUCACGCGCACACAUUACAUUACAUUACGACUAAACAAUGCAUUACCUCCACUCACUCUUGCUCCUCCUCAUUUUGGUGCUAACCGCCGAUGCCAGUCCCUCAACGGAAGUAAACACAAUGCUACCAUCCGACGCCGUUUCACUGCUUUCCUUCAAGUCAAAAGCAGACCUCGACAACAGGCUACUGUACGCCUUAAACGAGCGCUACGACUACUGCGAGUGGCAAGGAGUGAAGUGCGCACAAGGCAGAGUGGUUCGCUUCGUCGUCCAAGGCUUCUCUCUCAGGGGCACCUUCGCCGCCGACACACUCGCCCGCCUCGACCAGCUCCGCGUCCUCAGCCUCCGUAACAACUCACUCUCCGGCACCAUCCCUGACCUCUCCCCUCUUAAAAACCUCAAGUCCCUCUUCCUCGACCGUAACCGAUUUUCCGGAACGUUCCCGCGCUCGGUUCUCACGCUUCAUCGGUUAGUUACUCUCUCACUCGCGCAUAACGAGCUUGCCGGUCCGAUUCCGGUUCGGCUCAACUCGCUCGACCGGUUAAUCUCCCUCCGGCUGGAUUCUAACUACUUUAACGGCACUCUCCCUGCUCUGAAUUUGUCGUUUCUUGAAACGCUUGAUGUUUCGAAUAACAACCUUACCGGUCCCGUGCCUGUUACGCCCACGCUCGCGAAGUUCGAUGCACCGUCGUUUUCAGGAAACAAUGACCUCUGCGGAGAGAUUAUCCACAAGCCAUGCGAUCGGCAUUCUAGAUUCUUCGGUGGCGGUGGCUCUUCUGCUGCCACGUCCUCCGCCGCGCCGCUAGGGCAGAGCGAGCAGGGGAUCGUGGUGGUUCAUUCGCCGAUCAAGGAAAGGAAGCACAAGAGCAGUGGAUUGGUUCUCGGAAUCUCCGUCGCGGCCGCGGUUCUCGUCGGCGCAGGGCUUGCCGUGGUUGCGGUGGCGAGGAAGAAGAAUAGAAACAAGCAAGGGGGAAUGCUCGGGGAAAAAUUUGAGACGGAGAAAACGACGGCGUUGGAGGUUGAAACAGGAAGAAAUAACCCUGCGCAGUUGGUGAGGGAAAGGGAAAACGAAAACGACGUCCUUUCAAUGAUGAAGGUGAAGAGGAUAGAGGAGAUAGAGAGGGCGCAUAAGAGUGGGAAGUUGAUAUUCUGCUACGGUGAAGUGCAGCCGUACACGCUGGAGCAGCUGAUGAGGGCGUCGGCAGAGCUUCUUGGGAGGGGGAGCGUGGGGACCACCUACAAGGCGGUUCUUGAUUCGCGGCUGAUCCUGACAGUUAAGAGAAUGGACGCCGGGAAGACGGCAGCGAUGAGCGGAGAGGUGUUUGAGAGGCACAUGGAGAUGGUUGGUGCUCUUCGGCACCCGAAUUUGGUUCCGGUGAGGGCUUAUUUUCAGUCCAAGGGCGAGAGGCUUGUCAUCUAUGAUUAUCAGCCAAAUGGAAGCCUUUUCAAUCUUGUUCAUGGCUCAAGAUCAGCAAGGGCAAAGCCCCUCCAUUGGACAUCAUGCUUGAAAAUAGCAGAAGAUGUAGUUCAUGGACUUGCUUAUGUACAUCAAGCUUCAUCCUUAAUUCAUGGCAACCUAAAAUCCUCGAAUGUCCUUCUUGGAGCAGACUUUGAAGCGUGCAUUACAGACUACGGCUUGUCCUUUCUGGCAGAUUCUUCGGUCGCUGAAGAUGCCGAUUCCACAGCCUAUAAAGCACCAGAAGUCCGCCAGUCUAGCCGCAGAGCAUCUUCCAAGUCUGAUGUCUAUUCUUUCGGCGUGCUUCUGCUGGAGCUUUUGACCGGUAAACACCCCUCUCAACACCCUGUGCUUGUGCCAACGGAUUUGCAAGACUGGGUUAGAGCAAUGAGGGACGACGAUGAUAGCGAAGACAACCGGCUCGAAAUGCUCACAGAGGUUGCCAGUAUUUGCAGUGCUACCUCACCAGAGCAGAGACCGGCAAUGUGGCAAGUCUUGAAGAUGAUACAGGAAAUAAAGGAGAGCGCAACAUGAAGCUAAGGACACGCAACUUAAACGCUUUUCAUUAUAGUUUGGGUCUUUUAAGUCUGGCUUGAUUGUUUGCUGAGAACAAAUCACACAGCAUUACAAUGGAAGUACUGUGUCAAGUGUCAACUCUUCUUGGCAAGAAUGAAUGGAACGUAUAAGAGUGAUUUUGAAGGCAAGUUUAUGGAUUAGACACUCAUCUUUCACCGUAAUAUCGACAGACUACCCAGUAAAAAUGCGGAAUCGUGGGAUAUAUCACAAUUUUACUGUCUGCAGUGGCUGGUAUGGUGUUAAUGAUACUUUGACAAAUAAUUUAUAUAGAUGUGUUAGCUUAUUCAAUUUUUGAGCUGGUUUCGGUGUUUCUUAUUUUAACAUGGAUGUUUGAAGAAGAAAAGAAAAAGGGUUUCCAGUACUUGUUUGCCA